UCAAACAUACUUAAAGCCGCAGCUAACUUCUGAUUUCCUUAUGGUACUUUGGCGAAUGUUGACCUUAAGUUGUCAAGCAAUAAAGAAAAUGUUUGAAGUAUGAUAUAUAGGGGUGAGAACUAGACUAGACGUAACUUAAAGCUAUAUCACACAUUGCUUGGAAUUUAAAAAAAAAGAAAUGUCAGCUGCACUCCACAUUCCUAUGUGUAACAAUCCUGGGUGUGAGGCACAGUUGAAACAACUGUCUCAAACAUUUGCACAUCUUGGGAACAAUGUUGAGGAUGAUAAACGUUUGAACGGACGAUUCAGUUGCCAGUUUAAGGAAAACCUGAACAAAUGUCCAUUUACUAUUCUUCAUUACUGUGAACAUUUGUGGCUAAAAAUAAAAAAUCACAAAGACAUUCUGACGCUAACAAAGGAGCUCAACAAUAAACUGAUUUGCGUUCACCUCAAAAAGCGACUUUCCGGAGACAAGAAGACCUUCGGAGAAGCCUCCUUCCACGACUUCUUCCACGACUUCAACCUCAUCAACCUGACGACGGACCAGGACAUCAGAAAGUUCGCCUACGAUGUGUUCUUGUCCUUGCAAAGAUGUCACCUCGGCACUCAACAGACUGACGCUGAGAUUCCACUCAAGUUAAUGCCUCGUGCUCACGUUCGUAUGGCGUCAGAAUCAGCUCCGCCCGGAAGUUAUGUCAACGAGCCUCUCGCCGCGAGACAUUUCUUUGAAAGGAUGAGCUUUUUGUAUCAGCAAGUGGCCGAGAUGGAGCAUGUGCGAGAGGAAAGCUUCGUGAAAUACCCGGAUGUCAAUGUUUAUAUGUUUGUUCCAACUGCUUACAUCAGAUUAGAGAGUUAUACAGCUCAGAACUUUCCCCCUUUAAUUUUUACCAAAAUGAAUGACUUUCAUGAAUUCAAGGAAUGUGUACGACUACUGCGAAACGAAGAUACAUUUAAUGUCAGCUUUUUCUUAAACAAGGUUAUCCCUGAACUCUACAACGAAAGCUGUGCACUUGGGCUUGCUAUUGUAGCCACAAGUCAACACUGCAUACUCGCUGAGCGGUCAGUGUCGAUGCUAGAGCUGCUUCUCUUUCGAGGUCAGCUUAGACCGGGUUUCAACACAAUAGAUGAUCUGCAAGCCGUUCAACUGGAACUUUGCAAUUUGAUUUCACAACUCAGUCAAAGCCUGAGCGGAAGACUUAGACAGAGGUCCUCGACAGGUCAAACCAAUAAGGAUGACCUAAUAAAGAGAACCUGCAAUCUGAUUGUACUGAUACAGCUCGAGAAUUUGAUGAAAUGCGCAAAGAAGGAUAACUGGCUAGACUAUACAUCUUUUAAUUCAGAUUUGAGCAACAUAUUGAGUAGCUGCAAGCAGAGCGAUUACACCAAGACUUGCCUGAAAACUUUGGACGUACUGCUAGGAAAACUGACAAACAAGCAGCACAAGACGAUCCAGAGUGUCCUUCACCAGAACACAGUGGAAGAAUUGGUUUUGUUAGCCAAGGAGUUCUGGGGCAAAGAACUGCCCUUGACAUUGGUGUAUGUUUUUCAAUGUCUUAAAAAGCUUUUUAAGAACAGGGACUUAAAGAUUGUUGAGGUCCUGGGAGAUUGUUUACAAAUGAAAUCCAGACUACCAAUUGGUCAAGUUUCCGUUCACCCAGUGGUAUCUGCUAUUCUGUUCCGUGGACUAUCACACUUCGUGACAUUCUGUUUAAGAGAGGCCUGCCAUACACGUAUACAUGAGAUUUGUGGAGAAGUUAUGAAACUCAUUGACUCUACAUCAAAGCAACAGUCUCCAAACGAGAUCCGGCAGUUACAGCAGGCAUUAAUAUUUGACCCGUCUCCAGACAUACGGACAGAAAUCAUCAAACUCCUGGGCACUAAAGGUGUUUACGAAGAAUGUAUCGAGUCCUUCUUAGUGAACGAGAUUGAGAACUUGCUGUGUCCUUAUUUAAGCAUCGAUCCAACCCUCCCGUCUCCCUCAUCAGAAAUGUCACUUCUGGGAAAGUUUCAGCAGACUCCUGUCAUCGUUUUCGUCCAUAAGCCGAGAGUGACCGAGCACUGGGGGGAUAGGAUGUACGCCAAUGACCGGCAUGACCAGCACCACAAAAUUCGACUGGCUAAGAUCACAGUCAUCCUGAAGCAGCUUGACCAUGACAACAUUCUGAAACUGUUUGCGUAUCGCCUGCGUGGCAUUCCCCAGUUCUACAUCUCAGAAUACUACCCGACUAAUCUACAGGAGUUUUUGACGAACAGGAACGUAAACCGAAGAUAUUGUAAAGAGAAGAUCUUAUUGUCCUACGUGGUUCAGACCUGCUCCGCUCUGGACUACUGUCAUGAGAAGAACAUUGUUCAUUGUAAUCUGACUGCUGCAAGUCUGUUUCUAGCAGGGGAGGAGCAAGUCAAGUUGGGGAAAUUUCAUAUUGCAGUCAAGCUGACUGAUUUGGCUGAGACAGUUUUAGAAGAUACAAGUAUAAUCCCAACGAGGUGGUCUGCCCCUGAAACACUGAGGAGUGGAAUCGUGUCCAAGUCUUCAGACAUCGCCAUGUUUGGCAAUUUGAUGUAUGAAAUACUCUCCCAUGGAGUUCUCCCUCAUUUUCGUGAGAACCCCUGCGACCAGGAAUUUGUUUCUCAGGCCAUCUACUUGAGUCAGCUGCACAGAGAGACUUGCUUCACAGAUGAGCAGUACAGUCUCAUGCAAAGGUGUACUCACUACUGCCCCACCCGCAGACCCUCAGUUGUCCAGCUAAUGAUGGAACUCCAAGAAAUUGUUCAUGGUAAUUCUACGGAAGACUCACUUAUUUAUGUGUAUCCUGACCUACAGCAUGAAUUUCUCAAGCCAUCAACAGAAUACAAGAGAGGAAUCCCCAAAAUAAAAUACAGUACAGUUGUGGAGCAAAUGACCGACACGCUGUCUCCCAGACUUGAGAAAACAAUCGACGAAAAUCUACAACAGUACAGAGUGGGCCAGUUCCUAUUGUUUAAAGAGACAGUGCACGGCCACUUUUUCAAGAACAUUAUCUCUCAUGUACAACGUGGAGACCUGGACUCAGUUGUCCCCAGGAUUAACAUUGAAAACAUGGGAAACAGAAAUACAUUUCUCAUUAGUGUGUUUUUACCUGGGACCUGUUCAGGUGAUAUACUCUCACUUAUAGAAAAGAAACAGCUGUGUGACCAACCGAAAAGUUUUACGGAACUUAUCCUUAAAGUUGCCGAAAUGUUAAAAAGUCUUCACGAGCAACACUUUGUUCUCGGUGAGCUGAAGGCUUCUCAUGUCUACGUGGAUCAGACUGGGGAAUCUCUUAAGGUGUAUCCAAUCUCUUUCAAGAACCUGAACUACAUAAGAAGAUCCCAUCGCCCAAGAACUAGUGGAACAAAUGAGGACACUUUUCAUAUGAGCCAAGCAAAAGAUGUCUACAUGUUUGGCAAGUUUGUCAUGGAGGUGUUGCAUAAAGUUGAAAGUCUGAUAUCUCAUGAGGAGAACUAUGAAAGUAUAGAUUAUCAGAUCUAUGGUUUCCAAAGAGAAGACAAGUGCCCAGGCUCAGUCUAUAAUAUCAUAUCUCAGUGUCUUAGAAAGAAUCACCAAGAUCGACCUCCUAUGGACGACGUAAUUAGAACCCUUUUCUAUGAAGUCAAUGAAAUCAACUUUUUACCGUCUACUGUAUCUACUCCGGCAACGUCAAUAUCAAAUGUUGACAUCGAUGGUGAUGGUGAAGGCAAUGAUCAAAGAGGGAACCUAUCUUCAUUAUCCUCUUGUUUGCCCAGGAUUAGAGCAUUCCAAAACGAAACAUUGCAUCACGCGUAUGGUGAAGAAACAGAGCUUAAAAUGAGCAAACCAUGGUUUGAUACCUGCUAUUCCAUCGUUGAGACUAGUCCUUCAAACUCUAGUAGAAAGGUCGAUCAUGAACAAAAUCGAGGUAGUUCUUCGGAGAGGUAUAUGCUGAAAGAGAAUAAAACCUCCUUGGAUGUGUACGCAGAGAUUGGCUCUAGAGUUGAUCUCUCUAGCCAGCACAAUUAUUUUCAUAUCUCCAAGUGCAGCUCUUCAAAACUUGAAACAUCGUCGCGUUCUCAGACUUUAAGACCACUUCCACCUUUACCGCUCCCGCCUGCCAAAUCACAAGGCUCAGCUCAUUCAAGUGUGAGAACCUUUGGGGAAAGAAGUCAAGGACCCGACCGAAGCUACACUAUUUCACCGCUAGCAUGCAUGCCCAAUCAUUUUUUUACGCCUUCUAACACACGAGGCUUGAUCUCAACCGGCAUCAGAAGCGCUAGCUCGCAUUACGAUAUUCUACGCCCAGAACUUGACUCUGGCGAUGAAACGGUUCGCUACACACAUGUCAAUCUGCGAAAAUGCUCAAACCUAAAUAGCGAUAAAUCUCGAGAAUGGCUUCAGAGCAGGGACCAGCAAAUGCAUCGGCAGCCAUUGGAUGACGACGGAUAUCUAUCACCGUACGACGUAUACCCACCUUCUGACAAUGUCAAUGAUUGCAUUCAAAACUUAGAUAACGCUACGACUAAAGACUUUUCCAGGAAUAUCCAUGGCUCUUUGAGUUGUACAAAGCUGUCUAAAUCAAUAUAAAUACCUAUACUGCUUUAGUUAUCUAGCAAGAAGCGAAGUAGUACCUGAUAGCCCCCAUGCAGAUUUAAGUUCUUUCCAGGCUCGUCCCUAUUUAGCUUUUGGACUUGGGGGACACAUCAAGGUUUGUUUUAUGGGCUUAGCUAGGGGAUGAUUUAAGUUAAUCGGGUUAGCCGCCUCGACAGACUAAGCAUUACUAAGUGACGGAGCUAACACGGUGUACAUGUGUGAAACAAAUAGCUAAAUGAUUAACGCUCGCUUGACAAGUUAACGAAAUAUGGAUGAAUGUUGAAUUAUGCUACUAAAUAAAUGUGACUGGUAAUUCAUACAAUAAUAACUAUUCAUAAGUAACACACCUCACGCACACACUUUAUCCAGGAAGGUCCUACAUGCAGAUGAAUACGAACAUAUGAAUAUUCUUCGACUUUCCAGCUUUUUAUCAAAAUAUUGGGAUGCUCUUGGACGCUUUCAAACACCAUCAAGUUUUUUAAACCAAGAGUUAAAACUUAUCUUAGGAUCGAGGCUAUAAAUAAGGUUUUAACAUUUAUGUAGAUCAUUUUACUAAGCGAAGCUGGUGUUAUUAGAUUUAGUGGAAAUUAUACUUCCUGAGUAGCUGGUGCGGUAUUAGCGUUCAUAUUUUUAUAAUUCUCAGGAGCUACUAAAUUAUAUUAUAGAAACAUCCUUCGCAUAUAACUGCCUAUCAAUUCUUUUAUCUUUGAAUGGUCAAUGAACAUGGAAAUUAGCAAAUAUACACUAACAGAAUUGCAUUAACUUGAAAUCUAGGAUGAUGUUUUAACUUUCUUUAUUCUAAAAUUCAUAAAUUAUAAAAUAAAAAUAGUUCCUUAUUGUAAUUUAAAGAAGUUAAAUAUAAAAAUAUUAAUAAACUUUAAGGUUUUUAUGCUGUUAUUCCCAUCUCAGCCAUCAGCCUGUGGGAAGUUUGCCUAGUAGGAUUAGAGAAACGUAUCAGAUCAAGUAUCUCAAUUACAUGUGGAUCAAUAUUUAAGAUGAUCAGUUAAAGUUGCCUACUUUCCAUAUUCUCUUCACACUUUAAGAUUGAAUUGAAUUUUACCAUUCAACACAUUCCAGCUUAAUGACCUUUUUUUUUAAACAUGAUUAAUUUUAUAAACGUUUAUGUAGCUUGUAAAUUUUAUAUGCUAAAAAGUUUCUUAAAUCUUUUUUUUUAAUACUUGUAAAUGUAUUAGAGAAUAAUACAUUAAUUC